UGGGCAGUGCAGACAGAUCCCGGACUACAAGUCCCAGCGUGCGUCCCUGAGCGCCUGACUGCUCAGCACGAAGGUCUCUGCUGCUGCUUCUCGCCCGAGGGCUGUCUGCCUCCCCGCAGGUCCCCAUGGGCAGACUUGACGGCAAAGUCAUCGUCCUGACUGCGGCCGCGCAGGGCAUUGGCCGAGCAGCAGCCCUGGCUUUUGCAAAAGAAGGCGCCAGAGUCAUAGCCACCGAUAUCAAUGAGUCCAAACUCCAAGAGCUGGAAGAGUGCCCGGGUAUUCAGACCCGCGUCCUGGAUGUCACAAAGAAGAAGCAAAUCGAUCAGUUCUCCAGGGAAGUGGGCAGGGUUGAUGUUCUCUGUAACGUUGCUGGGUUCGUCCACCACGGAACCAUCCUGGACUGCGAGGAGACGGACUGGGACUUCUCCAUGAACCUCAACGUGCGCAGCAUGUUCCUGAUGACCAAGGCGUUCCUGCCCAAGAUGCUUGCUCAGAAAUCCGGCAACAUUAUCAACAUGUCCUCAGUGGCCUCCAGCAUCAAAGGCGUGGAGAACCGCUGUGUGUACAGUGCCUCCAAGGCAGCGGUGAUCGGCCUCACGAAGUCAGUGGCCGCGGACUUCAUCCAGCAGGGCAUCAGGUGCAACUGCGUGUGCCCAGGAACGGUUGAUACCCCAUCUCUGCAAGAAAGAAUACAAGCCAGAGAAGACCCUCAGGAGGCACUGAAGGGUUUCCUGAAGAGACAGAAAACAGGGAGAUUUGCGACAGCGGAAGAAGUGGCCCUGCUCUGUGUGUACCUGGCUUCUGACGAGUCAGCCUACGUGACUGGCCACUCGAUGGUCAUCGACGGAGGCUGGAGCCUGUGACCGCAGAGCAUCCCUCCCGGAAGGCAGGCCCUUCCUUCUUGCUACUGCGCAUCUGGGUGUGAAGAAAACCUGCAGUGUUCCCGCUCCUGCAGAUGACAUCCCUGAAAACAAGCCCUCUUAGUGACUGCUUGGAGUCUGGGUCUCUAAAUACAUUCAUCUCUUUGGAAUCUCUCCUGAAAUCAUGCAAAGUAAAUCAAAUAAAAAAUAUUAAAAUUGUU